AUGUGCGACUACACGCAAGUCGAAUUCCGCUGCAGUCAUGUCCGCUACACGGUUCGAGCAUGGUGCACAAACUACGAGAGAACUCACAAACGCUGCCCGCCAAGCGUUGUUGCCAUCGAGUUCAGGUAUAUUGAAUUAUUCUGCAGUAAAGCUACACCUAACAGAACCACAGGCUAGAUGAGCGCUGCGGUGAUUGCCGUAACCCAGCGAUCCAUCCGUCAUGGAUGACUCGACAACCGAAGAACACUCGCAUCCAAACUUAGGCAGGAGCGCAGGGUAGAGGUGUUCGGAUUGACAGGCAUUGAGCACAAUACGUUUCUGGUCUGACGAUUUUUGAAGUUUCUUUCAAUCAAAUCAGAUGACUUCCUAUUACCUCCCCUCAUCUAUCUCUCUAUCUGUGACAUAUCUGAAGCUCAAAUGAAAGAACAAUCCUGACUCGGAGAUCUGCGGCAUGGGAUGCUCUGUGGCGCUCCACAAUCCAGCCCAUUCACACUCCCUUGUCCAUCGUCCCAUGCCAACGAAAGUUCCAGCUACACAUGCUUGCAGAUGCGGCUGCGCCAAGCUAUGAAUGUAUUACUCCGUAAGUGCCUGCAUAUGGGGGCGCUGUGGGCUGCUGCUCUUCACAACUGCUUCCCAUCACAACUGCUUCCCAUCACAACUGCUUCCCAUCACAACUGCUUCCCAUCACAACUGCUUCCCAUCACAACUGCUUCCCAUCACAACUGCUUCCCAUCACAACUGCUAACCCGAUCCUCAGGCUCCCGAAUCAGACCAGGUAGUCUUUGGAGGUAUGGCGCGGCCGAUAGGGAGCCGAAAGUCAGGGAUGAGUGAAGCUGCCAGUAUUUCUGCUUAGCUAGAACAACGUAUAAGAAUGGCUGGGACCACCGUGGACUAAUUACAUGAAUAAUCUCUAUGUUCGGAUUCAGAGGAACCAUUCCCUGAUACCCACAUGGCGUU